AUGAAGCGGCCCAAGCUGAGGAAGGCGAGCAAGCGGCUGAGCUGCCACAAGCGCUACAAGAUCCAGAAGAAGAUCAGGGAGCACCACCGCAAGCUCAGAAAGGAGGCCAAGAAACGCGGCCGCAAAAAGCCCAGGAAGGAUCCSGGCAUUCCCAGCGCUGCCCCGUUCAAGGAAGAGCUGCUGCGUGAGGCCGAGCAAAGGAAGCAGAGGCUCGAAGAACUAAAACAAAAACAGAAACUUGACAGACAGAAGGAACUUGAGAAGAGGAGAAAGCUUGAUGCGAAGAAGAAUGCAGCCAAAAUCAAGGAAAACGCUGAGGGAAAGGAAUCCUCCAAGAAAUCUAGAGCAAAGACUAAGAAGCUGCUGGAUAAAAAUUCACCAAAAUCAUUUUGCAGGGAGCUUGAGAAGGUGAUUGAGGCCUCAGACGUGAUCCUAGAGGUUUUGGAUGCAAGAGAUCCACUCGGCUGUCGAUGUCCUCAGCUGGAGCAAGCUGUUUGCUCUAGACGAGACAAAAAGCUGCUGUUGGUUCUGAACAAAAUUGAUUUGGUGCCAAAGGAAAACUUGGAGAAAUGGUUGAAUUAUCUGAAAAACGAAUUUCCAACAGUUGCUUUUAAGUCRGCAACACUGCUCAAGGACAGAAAUAUGCUGGAGAAGGUGAAAAAAGGAAGUGCACGUAUUGAGUUAUCCAAAAACACGGAGUGUUUUGGAAGCGAGUGCCUUUUGAAACUUCUUCGUGAGCACUGCAAGACUCGAAACAAAGCCAUUCAGGUUGGGGUAGUAGGUUUCCCAAAUGUGGGGAAGAGCAGCAUAAUCAAUGGUCUUAAAGGAGCUCGUGCUUGCAACGUUGGCCCAGCAAGAGGCGUGACCAAGGCCAUGCAAAUUGUGCCUGUCGAUAAACAGAUGAAGAUUUUAGACAGUCCAAGUAUUGUGGCAGACCCUUCCAACAGCACCUUGGCCCUGGCCUUGAGAAGCAUCAUAGACACUGGAGAAUCAGGCUUGACAAAUGUAGUUGAAGGAAUAGAUGCCAUCAUAAGCCACUGCAAUAAACAGCAGGUGAUACUGUUCUACAGCAUCCCCGACUUCAGGACCACRGAGGAGUUUUUAACUCUGCUUGCUCAGAAAAGGGGCAUGCUGAAGAAGGGAGGGCUUCCUGACACCGAGAAUGUGGCCAGACUACUGCUUUGUGACUGGACAGGAGCUAAAAUAAGCUACCACUCACACCCUCCAGAACAGCAGAGACUGCCUCCCUAUCUUACAGAAGACAAAAUAGCAGAAAUGCAGAAGGAUUUUAACUUAAAGAAGCUAGAAGAAGAAAACACCACCACUGUGCAAGCUCUGAAGUAUCCCAAUCUGGCAAGCAGCAUCAUUUUUCAGUCAGCAGAAAUGACAAAUGGGACAAUAAAGGAAAGUCAGGUGGUAGAGAAAGCAUCAGAGCGCAUGAAUUUGGAAGGAGAUGGGGAAGAUGAUGAUGAGGAGGAGGAAGAUGAGGAAGAGAAUUUCACUGAAAGCGAUGAUGAUCAACACAACAUGGAGGAAGAAGAGAGCAUUGAAGAGGAGGACAACACUCAUGUGAUCAGGAAGGCAAAGCUUGAAACACAACAGCCAAGUGCCACAACUCCAGAAACACAGACAGCAGCAGCUGACAGCCAUUCCAAUGCACUACCCUUCAUCAUGGAUAAGGCAGCAGAUGAUGAUGCCUAUGACUUUAAUACUGACUAUGUUUAAGGAAGAAUGGACCAAGAUGUGGCUUGAGCCUCUUCCUGGUGUUCAAAGCAGUAAUAAGGAUGCCUGGUAUCUUAGCAGAAGUUGGAUGAAGGCUGGAUACCAGUAUUACUGCAAAAACUCAACAUUGAUACUGUGUGAAAUACUGUAUUUAAUAGUCUGUCUCCUGUGAUACCUUCAGAUUUUAUAURUUUCUGGGAACUGAGCCCUUAUGCAGCUUUAAGUCUUAUACUUUAAUUCCUGUAAAAGAAGAAAAAUCCUAAUAAUAAACUGAAUUAGUUGGUGUUCUGU